AUGGACGAUCGACCACACAAGGCGCACAGACCGUCGCAGUCUGGCGCGAAGGUGGAGAAGAAGAAGGGAAAGGAGAAACAGCAAAAUUCCUUCAACGAGAAGGCUUUCGCACCCAAGUCUGGUCGACGAGCAGAACGUCAAGGUCGACGCAAUGUCGAGAAGGACCAGACUCGCUUGCAUGUUCCCCUCGUGAACCGAACCCCCGACGAUGAGCCUCCACCAGUCAUCGUUGCAAUAGUGGGUCCCCCUGGUGUGGGCAAGACGACGUUACUCAAGUCUCUUGUAAGGAGAUACACGAAACAGACCCUCAGCGAGGCCAAGGGUCCCAUUACGGUUGUUGCGGGGAAGAAGCGACGGUUGACCUUUAUCGAGUGCAAUAACGAUCUCAAUUCCAUGAUUGACAUUGGCAAGAUUGUAGACUUGGAAUCAUUUGAAUUCCUGAACGUCCUACAGUCUCAUGGCUUUCCCAAAGUGAUCGGCAUCCUCACUCACCUCGAUCUCAUAAAAAAGGCCGCCACCCUCCGUGACACAAAAAAGGCUCUGAAAAAGCGAUUCUGGACGGAGAUAUACCAGGGCGCAAAACUCUUCUACCUCUCGGGGGUGCUGAAUGGUCGGUAUCCAGAUACAGAGAUCCUCAAUCUUUCCCGCUUCGUUAGUGUCAUGAAAUUCCGCCCCUUGGUGUUCCGUAACACCCACCCGUACCUUCUAGCGGAUCGACUGGAAGAUCUUACUCCCCGUGAACUCAUCCGAACGUCUAAGGGAAAAUGCGAUCGGACAGUCACCGUCUAUGGGUACAUCCACGGUACGAACCUUCGACUAGGGACAAAAGUUCAUAUACCAGGCGUAGGGGACUUGGAUGUCAAGAGCAUAGCUAAGCUCGGUGACCCUUGUCCCUUGCCCGAUAUGAACUCAGAGAAGCGGCGAAAGCUCAGUGAAAAGAAAAAGCUUCUUGUUCAUGCACCGAUGAGCGAUGUCGGUGGGGUCGUUUAUGACAAAGAUGCCGUCUAUGUCAACGUCCCGGGUAGUUUCACCAGAGGUAACGCAGAUGUACCUCAAGGCGAAGGUGAACAGAUGGUUAUGGAUCUCCAAGACGUCAAUUCGACCCUGGAAGAUGGUGUUGCGCGAAGCUCAAUAAAACUAUUUGGUUCUUCAUCGAAAGCGUUGGUCGUCGAAGACAAUACAGGUCGCGUCGAGUACGAACACGAGCAACAAAGUGAUGAAGAAGAAGAUGAUGGUGAUGGUGAUGACGCCGAUUCAAUCAUUUCUGAGGAUGAAGGCUUCUCUGAGGAUGAGGAGAUGGAAGACGAUGAAUCUGACCCUUCACCAGACGACAACAAGAGGGUUCGGUUUGAUGAGACUGAUGAUCAUAUCCCGUCAGACGAAGAUGAAGACGAUGAAGACGGCGACGAGCAGGACGCCGACAAUAAGGAGAACCUGCCAAAAUGGAAGCGCAAUAUCUCCCACCUCCUUGAAUCUUCGUCAUCCCAGCGACCACGGCGGCGAGACUGGACGAAACUUAUAUACUCGUCCGAUCUUACCCCCGUUCAAAUUCUAUCUUCCAACAAAGAGGAAGACUCUCGCGAAAGCGAGAAUACAUCCACCGAGAUCGACGAGUUCUUCCACGUCAAGAAGAGCGACAGCACUAACGACGAUGAAAUGUUAGAUCAGACCAAAGAUCCUCUAAAUCCGAAAGCCCUUCAGCAAUGGGAAGACGAGGAGAUGCUUGACUCGAUUAGAAACCUCUUUAUCACUGGUGCUUCAGCUGAAGACGCAGAUGAAGAAGGCGAGGGACAAGGAGAAGGAGCCAGUUUCGAAGAUCUUGAACCAGGCCCCGUUGAUACAACCGACGAGAAAGCCCGCGCCGAUGCCCUUGCGGCCAAAAAAGCUGAGCUCAAACGCAAAUUUGACGAGCAAUACGACGAACCCUCGUCUUCCAACGUUGACUUCUACACCGAAAAGAAAGAUGAAAUGGCUCGACAACUGGAACUCAACCGAGCGGAAUUCGCUGCAAUUGAAGAUCCAGAAACACGCGCGCUAGUGGAAGGAUAUGCACCAGGCGCGUAUGUGCGGAUAGAACUCGGCGACGUCCCAUGUGAGCUGGUCAACCAUUUCGAUCCGACGUACCCCAUCAUCGUCGGGGGCUUGCUUCCUGCGGAGGAAAGGUUCGGGUUCGUACAGGUUCGCAUCAAACGUCACCGAUGGUAUACCCGUACUCUCAAGACGAACGACCCGCUUAUCUUUUCCCUGGGGUGGAGGCGUUUUCAAACUGUACCGAUAUAUUCCCUCGACGACCAUUCCAUCCGCAUGCGCAUGCUGAAAUACACCCCAGAACACAUGCAUUGUUAUGGCACCUUUUAUGGACCCGUUACUCUUCCUAAUACUGGCUUCUGUGCAUUCAAUACUCUCACUAGCGAUGCUCCGGGUUUCCGGGUCGCUGCCACAGGCGUCGUGCUGGACAUCGAUCGCUCAGUGAAGAUUGUGAAGAAACUGAAGUUGACGGGAGUUCCUCUCAAGAUCUUCAAGAACACCGCCUUCAUAAAAGAUAUGUUUAGCAGUGCUCUAGAGGUCGCCAAAUUCGAGGGCGCCAAUAUACGGACUGUGUCGGGCAUACGGGGACAAGUUAAGAAGGCGUUGCCAAAACCGGAUGGUGCAUUCCGUGCAACCUUUGAGGAUAAAGUCCUCAUGAGCGACAUUGUAUUCCUGAGGGCGUGGUAUUCCAUCGAACCACGCAAAUUCUACAACCCCGUUACGUCACUCUUGCUCUCCGACAAAAAUCAGUGGUCCGGUAUGCGCCUCACUGGGCAGGUGCGCCGAGAUGAAGGCCAAAAAACGCCUCUCAACGUCAACUCCACCUACAAACGCAUUGAGCGUCCGGAACGCCGAUUUAACCCCCUCAAGAUCCCCGCUAAACUGCAAUCCGCCCUACCCUAUGCCUCUAAGCCAAAGUUGAUGAAAGCCCAAUCACGACAGACGUACAUGCAAAAACGCGCGGUUGUAAUGGAGCCAGAGGAAAAGAAGGCCGUGGCGCUCAUGCAACAGAUACGAGCACUCCGGAAGGACCAAGUUGCAAGGCGGAAAGAGAAGAAAUCAGAGCGUAGGGAGGCACAGCGCAAGAAAGCUGAGAAAGAAGAGGCUAAGCAAUUGGAGAAAGACAAGGAAAAACGGAAAGAACAUAUGCGGGCGGCUGGGCAAAAGAGCAAACGCGAGGCGGAGGCGGAGGAAGGAAGAGGCCCCAAGCGGCGCAAGACGUAG